CUCAUAACCAAUUAUAAGUACUUUCUUGGAAAAUAACUAGUUUUCUCAAGAAAAGGUGAUGACUAAGGUGGCGACUAUGAGAGGAACACUAAUGGGGUUUGUUGCUAUUGCAAUGCUCUUGGAGUUGGCGAUGGCGGUGGAUCACACUGUUGGAGCUCCGAGUGGAGGGUGGGACGUGUCUACUAAUUUGCAAACGUGGGCUUCAUCCCAAACGUUUGUAGUAGGAGACAACUUAGUUUUCCAGUAUGGAUCUUCUCAUGAUGUGCUUGAAGUGACUAAGGCGGACUAUGAUUCUUGUUCAUCGUCAAGCCCUAUUUCCACCGCCAUUACUAGCCCUACCACAAUCCCACUUACAACCAUCGUAAGCCGCUACUUUAUAUGUGGUAGAAGUAAUCAUUGUAGCCAAGGAAUGAAGGUUGAGGUCACAACGGUGGCAGGAGCGCCGACACCACCACAAACCACCCCUCCUUCCACCCCAACCACGCCAUCAAAUGCUCCUCCGAGUGAUUCACCACCACCACCACCUGUCACCGGUGGGACCAUAAACCCUCCCACUCCCUCAUCGGCCAUGACACUAAAGAUGACUGUUGGUUCUUUACUUGGAUUUGGAUUCUCCGUGAUGAUGUUACUAUCCCUCUAAGGCUUUCUAGAAAAUGCAUUUGAGAC